GCGUAGGACCCCGCGGGAUCGGAAAAGGGAGAAGAUGGAGGAGGGCGGCAGCGGCGGCGGCGCCGCGGGGACCAGCGGGGACGGCGGCGCCGGGGGAGAGCAGCUCCUCACUGUCAAGCACGAGCUGCGGACGGCUAAUUUAACAGGACAUGCAGAGAAGGUGGGGAUUGAAAAUUUUGAGCUCCUCAAGGUCCUAGGAACUGGAGCUUAUGGAAAAGUAUUUCUGGUUCGUAAAAUCAGCGGUCACGAUACUGGAAAGCUGUAUGCCAUGAAAGUACUGAAAAAGGCAACAAUAGUUCAAAAGGCCAAAACCACAGAGCACACAAGGACAGAGCGGCAAGUCCUGGAGCACAUCAGGCAGUCAGCAUUUUUGGUGACGUUGCACUAUGCUUUCCAGACAGAAACCAAACUUCAUCUCAUUUUAGAUUAUAUAAAUGGUGGAGAACUUUUUACUCAUCUUUCUCAAAGAGAGCGUUUCACAGAGCACGAGGUGCGGAUCUAUGUUGGAGAGAUUGUGCUUGCCCUCGAACAUCUCCACAAGUUGGGGAUUAUAUACCGUGACAUUAAGCUUGAGAACAUUCUACUUGAUUCUAAUGGCCACGUGGUGCUGACAGAUUUUGGUCUGAGUAAGGAGUUUGUGGCUGAAGAAGGUGAAAGAGCAUAUUCCUUUUGUGGAACUAUUGAAUACAUGGCACCAGACAUUGUCAGAGGGGGAGAUUCAGGACAUGACAAGGCAGUUGACUGGUGGAGUUUAGGUGUUCUAAUGUAUGAGUUACUAACUGGAGCGUCUCCUUUCACUGUUGAUGGAGAGAAGAAUUCCCAAGCUGAGAUAUCUAGGAGAAUAUUAAAAAGCGAGCCUCCAUAUCCUCAAGAAAUGAGUGCUUUAGCUAAAGACCUGAUUCAGCGUCUUUUGAUGAAAGAUCCCAAGAAAAGAUUGGGAUGUGGUCCACGUGAUGCGGAUGAAAUCAAAGAACAUCUCUUUUUUCAGAAAAUAAAUUGGGACGAUCUAGCUGCCAAAAAAGUGCCCGCCCCAUUUAAGCCGGUCAUCCGAGAUGAAUUAGAUGUGAGUAACUUUGCAGAAGAGUUCACAGAGAUGGAUCCCACGUACUCCCCUGCUGCGCUGCCCCAGAGCUCCGAGAGGCUGUUUCAGGGCUAUUCCUUUGUCGCUCCUUCCAUUCUGUUUAAGCGGAACGCGGCCGUCAUAGAUCCUCUUCAGUUCCACACAGGAGUUGAUCGCCCUGGAGUGACGAGUGUCGCCAGGAGCGCAAUGAUGAAGGACUCCCCAUUCUAUCAACACUAUGACCUAGACCUGAAGGACAAGCCACUGGGAGAGGGAAGUUUCUCAAUAUGUCGAAAAUGCAUACACAAAAAAAGUAACCAAGCGUUCGCAGUCAAAAUAAUCAGCAAAAGGAUGGAGGCCAAUACUCAGAAAGAAAUAACAGCCCUGAAACUCUGUGAAGGACACCCCAAUAUCGUGAAGCUGCAUGAAGUUUUCCACGACCAGCUUCACACAUUUCUGGUGAUGGAACUUCUGAACGGGGGAGAGCUGUUUGAACGUAUUAAGAAAAAGAAGCACUUCAGUGAGACCGAAGCCAGCUACAUCAUGCGGAAGCUCGUUUCAGCUGUAAGCCACAUGCAUGAUGUCGGCGUGGUGCACAGAGACCUGAAACCCGAGAAUUUAUUGUUCACUGACGAAAACGACAAUUUGGAAAUUAAAGUAAUCGAUUUUGGGUUUGCGCGCUUAAAGCCGCCUGAUAACCAGCCUCUCAAGACACCCUGCUUCACCCUGCACUAUGCCGCCCCGGAGCUCUUGAACCAUAAUGGCUACGACGAGUCCUGUGACCUCUGGAGCCUGGGCGUCAUUUUGUAUACAAUGUUGUCAGGGCAAGUCCCAUUCCAAUCUCACGACAAAAGUUUGACAUGUACCAGUGCAGUGGAGAUCAUGAAGAAAAUUAAAAAGGGAGAUUUCUCCUUUGAAGGAGAAGCCUGGAAGAAUGUAUCCCAAGAAGCUAAAGAUUUGAUCCAAGGACUUCUCACAGUCGAUCCAAAUAAAAGGCUUAAAAUGUCAGGCUUGAGACACAAUGAAUGGCUUCAAGAUGGCAGUCAGCUGUCCUCAAAUCCUCUGAUGACUCCAGACAUUCUAGGAUCUUCAGGGGCUGCUGUGCAAACCUGUGUGAAAGCCACCUUCCACCCUUCAUAAAGAUAAGAAUUCGUCUUCCUAGAAAGUAAGUAAGUGGGAUAUAAAAAGAUGAGAAACAUUGUUGUUCUUCUGUGUGAACGAUUAAGGGGGACAGUGGUGUCACACAAUUCAGACGAAUGCCAUUCCGCCCGUCGCCAUCUGUGGUGUCUUCACGGAUGGCAGCAAGUGUACUUCCUCUUGCUUUCCAAUGGUACAACCGCACACGUGAGUGUUUCCCUACACUGACACUUUACUCCCCACUUCUUAACACACCCAUGUGUUGACUAAUGUUUAUGGAUUGUAGUUAACAUCAGAGAAAUCCUUGAUGGGGGCAGAGAAGGGAACAUUUGGGGAUGAAAGGGCUGUAGGAAAAGGGAAAUACUGGCCCUGUGGGAAAAUGAGCAGCUUUACAUCUCAGAGGUACAAACAAUUGCUAUGAACAUGGACAGAGGGUGACUUUACAAAAAGGCCAUUUCAGUAGCCAUGUGUAUAAAUCUCUUUUAAUCAUUGUAUCUACUGGGUCGGUAGGUGAACUUAUUUAGUAUGUCUAUACAGGCUUUGUAAGAUGGUUAUUUUUUGCUAGGAGGCCCAUGUGAUUGCCUUCUCCUCUCUUUCCCUGUUCCCUCUCCAACUGUUCCUACUGCUUUCUGCCAUGGAGACCAUUGACUUUCCGUGGCCAAAGAGACCAGUCCAAAUGGAGCACUAAGGGUACAUGUAGGUAGUGAUCAUAUUCUUUAAAAAUUUUAGGGGCGCCUGGGUGAUUCACUCGGUUAAGUGUCCGACUUUAGCUCAGGUCGUGAUCUCACAGUUCGUGAGUUCGAGCCCUGCCUUGGGCUCUGUGUUGACGACUCCAACCCUGGAGCCUGGUUGGGAUUCUGUGACUCUCUCUCUCUCUCUCUCUCUCUCUCUCUCUCUGUCUGCUCCUCCCCUGCUCACACUCUGUCUGUCUCUCUCUCUCUCUCUGUCUCUCAAAAAUAAAUAAACAAUUUUUUUUCUAAUUUUAAUGCAGUAUAGCAUAUAAAGUACACAGAUCUUAAGUGUACAGCUCAGUGAACGUUAACUUAUGUAUGUACCCUCAUAACCAUCACCUCAAUCAAGAUAAGGCUCCCACUCCAUACUCAAACUUAACUACUGUUCUUCUGGCUUCUGUCUCCCGUAGACUUGUUUGCCUGCCCUUGUGUCUGGUUGGGUUUGAUGAUCAUCGUAUCUGUGAAAUUCAACUACGUCGGUGCAUGCAGCCAUAACAAUAGUGUGCUCUUUUUCAUUGCUCUGUAUUAUUCCAUCAGAUGAGUAUAUCCCCAUUUAUUUAUCCAUUCUAAUGUUGAUAGACAUUUGGGUUCAUAAUUUUUAGCUUUUUUGUCUAAAGUUGUCACGAACAUUCCCGUGCGUAACUUUUGGUGGAUAUGUACAUUCAUUCCCUUGGGUUUAUACAUAAGGAUGAAACUUACUGAAUCAUAAGAUGGAUGCAUAUUUAGCUUAAAGAUGUUGCCAAAUAGUUUCCAACAGCUGUCGCACCAAUUUACACUCCCACCAGCAAUGUGUGAGUGGCGAAGUUGUAUUUCCUUGUGGUUGUAGCCAUUCUGGCGAAAUUGUAUUUCCUUGUGGUUUUAGGCAUUCUGGCAAGUGUGGAUUCUGUUGUAGUUUUAAUUUGCAUUUCCCUGAGAAGCAGUGACAAGUAGAGCACCCUUUUAUAUCUUUAUUAGCCGUUUGGACAUUCUCACUUGUUGAGCACCUACUCAAGUCACUUAACAAGUUACAGUUAUUCGCUUGUCUGUCUUUUUCCUAUUGGUUGGCAGGGGCUCUUUAUAUUUUAUUGGUAUGAAGUUUUUGUCGGAUGUGUUGUUAUAAAUCUCUUCUCUUUGGUUUGCUUUUUCACUUUCCAAUCGAUGUCCUUUGAUGACCAGAAAGUUCUAAUUUUUGUGAAGUGCAGUAUACCCGUUUUUUAUGGUUAGUGAUUUUUGUGUCCUGUUUCAUAAAUCUUUACCCCAAGAUUCUUAUUCUUCUAAAAGCUUUAUUUUAUCAUUCACAUUAGAUCUGUGAUCCAUCUAGCACUGGUAUUUGUGCAUGGUGUGAGAUACUGCAAAGUUUACUUAUUCCAUGAGUGUUCACUUGACCUAGUACAGUGUCUUGAAAAUCUCAGUGCAUUGCAGUUGUAAUUUUUAUAGUCUUCCCAUCUGGUAAUGUAAGAUCUCUAACUUUGAUCUUCUUCCGGAUAGUCUCGGCUAUUUUUAACGCUUUGCAUUUCCAUAUACAUUUGUUUUUAUUUUUUUUAUGUUUAUUUAUUUUUGACAGAGAGAGAGAGAGAGAGACAGAGUAUGAGCGGGGGAGGGGCAGAGAGAGAGAGGGAGACACAGAAUCUGAAACAGGCUCCAGGCUCUGAGCCAUCAGCACAGAGCCCGAUGUGGGGCUCAAACUCACAGACCGUGAGAUCAUGACCUGAGCUAAAGUCAGACGCUCAACCGACUGAGUCAUCCAGGCACCCCUUCCAUACACAUUUUAGAAACAGGUUGUUGUUUUCCUUGGGGAGGUUACCUAUUAGGGUUUAAUUGGUAUGGCAUUAAGUUAUAGAGAUCAAUUUCAGGAGAAUUUAUAUUUUCUCAAUUUUGAGUUUUGUAAUCCAUAGACAUGGUAUAUCUCUCUAUUUAAUUAGAUCAUCUUUACUUUGUCUCAACAAGGUUUUAAGAUUUACAUGUGGAGGUUAGAUUUAUCUUUAGAUUUUUGAUGUUUAUAUGUUAUUAUCUAAUUAUUGUUCAUUAGUAUGUAGAAAUAUAAUUAUUUUCUAUACUGCCUUUGCAUCUCUCAACCUUACUAACUUCACUUUAAUUAUACUAAUUCUAUAGAUUCUUUUGUAUUUCUUCAUGUAUACACAUAUCUCCUAAAAAUAAUGAUAGUUUCACUUCUCCGUUUCCAAUUUUUCUUUUUUUCCCUUACUGAGCUGACUAGACUUCUGGCAAAAUCUUGAAUAGAAUGGUGACAGUGGACCUCUUUGGCUAGUUCCUAAACUCAAAAUAAGAACUCAGUAUUUUACCAUUCAAUAUGAUGUUUGCUGUAAAUUUUUUAAUAGAUACCACUUGCCAAAUUAAGGGAUUUUUUUCUCCUAGUUUUCUGAGAGUUUUAAUUAAAUGCUUGUUCUACCUC